CCGCGCGCACCGGGGCGUGCGGGGCUGCGCCAGGAGCUGCUGCACGGCGGUUGUGCGCUGUGGGCGUGGAAGGAUGAAAUAUGGUGCUUUACAGGCAUGGAAGAAGAUGAGUCAGCACCUCAGGGAGUUCUGCUCCGCGGGCCCGGAGCCUGCCCUUAGCCGUGCGGGAGCCGCAGGGAUAUGAAUUGCCGUCGCCCCGGCGCCUGGGUGCCCGCGGCGCGCAGGGACUGAGCGGGAGCCGGACGGGCCAUGGGGUGUCCUGCGUGGGGCCUCGCCCGCACCCCGGGCACUGCCGUCUCCGGCUGAGACACUGAGACACUGAGACACUGAGACUGCUGCUGUGAGACCCUGACAGUUCUUCUGACAGCUCGGAGGCUGAGCGACUCCCACCUGCCACCACUCCUGAGGCACCUGCUCUUGGCCUGCAGAGCCCAGUGUGAGCGCCACGGGAGGAGCUGGGCUGAGUCAAGACCGUGCGCUCAGUGCCAGUGGCUAAUGGCCCCGAAGUGAAGAGCCAGGCGCUGCUCCGGCGGCGGCGCGGCCGGCCUGCCGCAGAUGAACGCUCCUAAGUAGCGCCGAGGGGUCGGGAGGGACGGCUCGGAGGGGAGAGCCCGAGGGGCCGGCCGGGAAGACGAGGAUAGCGGUGGAUAGCGGUGUGCGGAAGAGGACGGACCCGCGAGCAGCUCCACGGCUACCUGUCGACACAUGCUGUGCUCCAUGGCUAACUCGGGCUGCCUCCUUGUCUCCAACUCAGGCAUGCUUCCUCACUCUCUCCCCUGUCCUCCAGCCUUCCUCUACCUCCAACAGGGAAACCAGGACGCCACGGCCCCGCCGGACGCGAUGGCUCAGCCCUACCCCCCCGGGCAGUACCCCCCGCCCCCCCAGAACGGCAUCCCCGCAGAGUUCGCCCCGCCGCACCCGCACCCCACGCAGGACUACUCGGGGCAGAGCUCGGUCCCGGAGCACGCCAUGAGCCUCUACACACCAGCACAGAGCCACAGCGAGCAGCCCGGCAGCGAGGCCAGCACGCAGCCCAUAGCAGGGACACAGACAGCGCCGCAGACAGACGAGGCGGCACAGACAGACAGCCAGCAGCUACACUCCUCAGACAACACAGACAAGCAGCAGCCCAAGAGGUUACACGUCUCCAACAUUCCCUUUCGAUUCCGGGACCCCGACCUGCGGCAAAUGUUUGGGCAAUUCGGGAAAAUUCUGGAUGUGGAGAUCAUUUUCAAUGAGCGGGGCUCCAAGGGUUUUGGGUUUGUAACUUUUGAAACUAGCACAGAUGCCGACCGGGCACGGGAGAAGCUGAAUGGCACCAUCGUAGAGGGCCGGAAGAUUGAGGUGAACAACGCCACGGCCCGGGUCAUGACCAACAAGAAGGUGGCCAACCCCUACACCAACGGCUGGAAGCUGAACCCAGUGGUGGGAGCAGUCUACGGCCCCGAAUUCUACGCAGUGACGGGGUUCCCGUACCCCGCCACGGGGACGGCCGUGGCGUACCGAGGGGCGCACCUGCGGGGCCGAGGCCGUGCCGUGUACAACACCUUCCGCGCCGCGCCGCCGCCGCCGCCCAUCCCCGCCUACGGCGCGGUCGUCUACCAGGACGGGUUCUAUGGAGCUGAGAUCUACGGGGGCUAUGCUGCCUACAGGUACGCCCAGCCCGCAGCAGCAGCAGCUGCCUACAGUGACAGCUAUGGCAGAGUGUACGCAGCUGCAGACCCCUACCACCACACCAUCGGCCCCGCCGCCACCUACAGCAUCGGCACCAUGGCUAGUCUAUACCGAGGAGGGUACAGCCGCUUCACUCCCUACUAGCAAGACAGACCCAGCCCCCCCACCACUGCCCCCGAUGCUCACUAGCACCAACCCCCAGCAGGCAGACAGAGCCGAGGCCGAGCCUGCCGAGGAGCCGCGGGUGCUGCCCGGGGCGGGCUCUGUGCGGCGGCUCCCCACGGCCAUAGGGCUCCUCGUCCUGCCGCCCGCCCGCCUCUCCGGGACCGCGGGGACGGGCCCGCAGCUCUGUGGGGUCCCUGUGCCCGGGAUGGGCAGGGGGCUCAGCCUGCAGGCGCUGGGUGACAGCAGCCCCCCGAGCAGCCCCUCUGCCCCCGUAGGAGAGAGAGGAGCCGGCUGGGGAUGCUGCCAGCGGGGGGACUGGCCAGGCGGGCUGGGGUCGGGAUCCCGGGGUUGUGUGGUGGGCUGGGCUGGCUGCGUGGGCUCGCUGGGCUGGUGGCCGUGUGCCCCAGCGAAAGACCUGCCUCUCUUGUUUCUGUUGUAGUGAAUCCGUGGCUGUUUCCUUCUGGGACCAGGAAGGGCAAAAAUAAUCCACACACACACAAUCACAAAAAAAAAAAAAAAAAAAAAAAUUAAAAAAAAAAUAAAAAAAAAGAACCCCAAAAAUAUAAAAAUUAAAAGCAAAGCAACAAAAAAAUCAUCAAAAAAGAAAAAAACAAACAAAAAAGAAACAAAGGCAAGCGGCAGCAGCCAAGUGAGUCCCGCGUGUCCGCACCCGCGGAGCGAGCGAGUCCCGGAGGAGCCGCGAGCAGCGGCGAGCGGGGCGCGGCCGGAGGGACCGCAGCGCCCGGCCCGGCCCCGGCCCGGCCCCGGCCCCGGCGGGCAGGGAGCCGCUGCGGGCGGGCGACAGGCUCCGUGGGGCCCUCACCUGCCCAGGUGCAGGCCUGGGCGCCACGUCUUCCUUUGCCCGGCGCAGCAGCGCUGGGGCGCCGGCGGAGCGCUGCGCCCUGCCCGGCUGCGGGGCCGGCUGGCGGGCCGGGACCGGCCCGGUGCCCGAGCCCCGAGCCCCGGUGGCCAGCAGCGUGUCGAGUGUGCGGAGCCUCGGCUCCAGGCGGGGCCGGGGCGGCUGCGGUGCUGAGGUAGUGCAGAGGACGAGCCUCUGCCUUUUAAAGGGAAUUUUUGUUAAGAGGAGCUUGCAACUCGCUUGUGACCCUUCCCCUUCUUCCUCCCUCCUUCCCUGACACCUGCGCUCCCGCCCGGCCUGGGCCAGCCCUGAGCAAAGCUGGGCCAGGCGCUGCCCCGGCCCGCUCCCGCUUGCUCUGUGGCACGGGACAGGCCCGUGGCCCCGUCCCUGCCUGGGGCAGCAGGGUGCCCCCAGCCCUGGUGCGGGUCUGGGCCGCCGCGUCACCCGCAGGGGACUCGCCCAAGCCACGGGCACACGGGCACUGCGGAGCCGCCCCUCAAACCUCACUUUAUAGUCUGCAGACGCCCCCGAGCCCCAGCGAUGAGCUCCCCCUUUUCUAUGCCCGGUGUACAUAGCCCCGGCCCUGCCCCUGUACAAAGCUCCGUCCAUCGCUGUACUGGCUUCUCCCUUACAGCACCCCAGGGCUGGCGCCGGCCCAUCUGUAUGCUUCAAAGUGUGACCAUUCUAAUAAACAGUAAUAUUAUUAUUAUUAUUAUUAUUAUUAUUAUUAUUAUUAUUAUUACAAGGAUUAUUAUUAUUAUUAUUAUUAUUAUUAUUAUUGAAAUUAUUAAUAAAGAUUUCUUUCUUCAACCA